UUCACUAUGCAGAGGAGUUUCCAGCUGGGUCUGCUGCUUCUGAUCGUCCAGCUCUACCAGGAGGGUCUGGCCAAUAUCCCAGUGGUCACCUUGACCUUCCUGUUUUUCAAUGUGUAUAAUUACAUGUUACCUGUUGCUCCUCUGGUGCAGGUCUGUGUGAACCUCCAACAAGUGUACAUGUAUAAAGAGUGGAGCCGCCUCCUCCUGUCCCCCCUGCACCACCUCAAUGAUUGGCACCUUUACUUCAACAUGACGUCCUUCCUCUGGAAAGGGAUCUGGCUGGAGCGACGUCUGGGUGGAGCCUGGUUCCUCUACAUGCUGUCCGUCUUCUAUGUGCUCACAGGAGUCGUCCACCUACUGCUGCAAGCCUGGCUCCUUAAAGUCGUGGUGGACUCGAAGGAUCCACUCGUGGGAUUGAUACACGAGUGUGCUGUUGGCUUCUCAGGGGUCGUGUUUGCUCUGAAGGUGGUCAGUAACCACGAUGACCCAGGAGGCGAGACCUACGUGUGGACGAUUCGUGUGUCCAACCGCUUUGCGAGCUGGGUGGAGCUUGUGCUGCUCUAUCUGAUCGCUCCAUGGACCUCUGUAAUCGCCAACCUGGCAGGUAUCCUGGUGGGUCUGCUGUACACUGUGGGUCCACUGGAGACCAUCAUGAGGAUAUGUGCAGUUGUUGUGUCAUCCCUCAGACCUGAUCAUCACUUAAGUUCCUAUUACAGCUCUUCAGGUUACAGUGGGGUGAGACGAGAAAAUCCACAGCAUGCAGAUUAUAGUGGGAGAAAUUAUCCAUCUGCUGAUAGAGAACCCGAUAUUUCAGGAAUGACAGAGGCAGAGCAGAUAGACAUGGCGAUCCGAAACAGCAUGAAUGAACGAGGGCGAUCCAGGCAGAGAGACUUUCAACGCCCUGCUGCGGAGGAGGUGGCACUGGAGGAGCUCAGACAAAACCGACUGAGGAGGUUGGAACAAGUUUCCCAACAAAAGAGGAGAAGAAGAAUUUAAUGACGGACUGAGAAGACAUUUCUACAUCUUAUAUCUUCAGUCUCUUAUUUUCUUUUUUAUAUCCGUUUAACUUCUUGACAUCUGAAAUAGGCUCAUUUGCUUCUCUGCCAAAAUCAACACUCAAAUAUUAGGAUGACCGCCAUAAAAAUCCUUUAAAAGUUUUUUUUAUCAAUGUAAGAAACCUUAAAGGAUCACAUGAAUGUUUUUUGAUUCAGGAAAACACUGACAAACAAUCUUUUACCCGCAGACUGAGGAGCAGUACUGCAGAUCAUUUCAGCAUGCCUCAUGGUUUGUUGUUGUGUGUUUACAAUAUAUUUUUGCACAAUAAAGAUGGAGGCCUACUUUUGACAAGAUUCUGCCUGUUGCAGUUGAAUGGUUCAUUGCUGCAGGAUGCUAGUGAGUGUGUUUACUACAUGAGUGCUUAGACUACAAAAUCCUCUGAAUGACAUUUUGGCUGCAGUCAAAAUUGGAUGAAAAUGUAGAAAAAUACAAAAAUGCCCAAAUGCCAUCACUUAAGUACAAUAUGUUACAUGUUCAACCAUUAUCUAUGCACUGUGUGCAACGUGUAUUCCUGCUUUGCUUUGCUUCAUUGUUUCUUUUAUUGAUGUUAACACUGAAAAUGUUCUUGCUGUGGGAUCAAUUUAUCUCAUCUUCAGUAAUAGAUGAUCUUUUUUUAAAACAUUAUCUUGUGUCGUCACAUCCAUGGCUAAAUACAUGACUACAAAAAUCUAAACAAUCAACAAUAUAUUUCCACAUAUUGUGACGUUACUAUCUGAGGAUUUAUGAUCAAAAAACAACAAUAAAAAAAGCUUCAAACGUC